AUGGUUUCAGAGCACUGCCUCUACAACUUCUUCAAGAGAGUUAGAAGGUACAGGACUGGCGCCGAUGUGUCUCAGGAUCGCCAUCUUGAGGAGGAGACUCCAUUCUUGGCUCAGAAGGUUGAGAUCAUCAGGGCAGGCUCCACGAGCAACCUGUUUGCCACACUCGCCUGGAAUCAGGAGCGACUGGCGUACUAUGCGCAUCCGCGUUGUGUGGGUGCUGCAGAUUUGGCCUGGACAAUCUCCAUAAUGCAGUUGGUUGCCGGAGAACCAUCCACGCGGCUGUUGUCGAUCUGUCACACUGGAACGGACGAUGCUUGCGAUGAUUCACUGCUGGUCCUCUACACGGGCAAGGAUGCGAAAGAGGGUGAUCAAGCAUCGCUGCUCUGCAGACUGGCUUGGCCUGCCCACACAGCUCCGCCACAGUCUUCAUGCGAGCAAGGAGAGGUGGUUGGACCGACCGCGCCGAUGCAUGGACCUGGUUUCGUGGCUGCCUUUGGCGACAUUGCGGUGUGCGCGGUCAAGGCCGAGGGAGAUGAGCGCUUUGCCAUCUGCAUGGUUGGCAUUGCCGGACAGCGCUUGCAAGCUGGGGUAAGUCAGAUGGUAGAGUAUGGUAUUCUAGGAUUGCUACUGCUUCCAGAAGGCAUCGGUGCUGCCCAUUUACAGGUGUUGACACCUCACGGCCUACUCAGUUGCCCGCAGGAUAUGCUGGCCAAUGGCAAGGAUGAGCUGCCUUCCACGGCGGAUGCCUUCAUUCAAAUGGCUUACGAACUCUUCGAUGCUGGUCAGGAGGACCAGGCGAUCUCCAUAUCGGUCAGAGCUUUCUCACAAGUCGGAGCUCAGCCAAUGCUUCUUGCAGUUGAGCAACGAACAUUGCAACUCCUGGAUGCAGACACAAGCCCGAAGAGGACUGGGCGCGAACAGCUUGAUCUCAGGCAAAUGCUCAUCACCAAAGCGCGUAGCCUGGGACGCUGGCUGCAGUUUCUGGAGAAGGUCGGCAUUUGGAUCCGCAUGGGAAACGCUCCGAACAUCACGUCAGCCCGACAGAAGGUGGUCGAGGCUUGUGAGCGAGCCGCAGCAGCAAUUCGAUUGCUCGAGUAUCACGACACAGCACCUGAUGUCUUCGCCAGCGCAAUACACAAUGCCCUGGACAAAGGCGCCGACGAAGGUUCUGAAGAUGACAGCCGAGUGUUUUACAGCUGCCUGAGCAGCUGCGAGCGCCUUCUGGCAAGCUUGGCUGAGUAUCCCCGCACAUUGCCAUUUGGUUCAGGCGGCGCCUGGGACGCUGUGAUCUUCGUCCAAACGGUCGUCUGCGCCUUCUUGGACGCAGCUUUGGAGAAGAGAUCACAAGUCUUGGCCGCACAUCCCAUGGCACUGCCAGCUGCAGAGCCUCAGAUGUUACGGAGGUACUUGGUGACCCGGCACGGUCGAGUUCCGUCAUCAGCUGUAGGAAGUGGUUGGCUGAUGGCACUUUCCGUCCAGAGGGCUCUUGAAGACCUCCGGGUCGUGAGCCUGGAGGUCCUACCUACACUUCCGCGGCAGCAUCUCCCGCUUCUUGACGCACAGGCCAUUCGAGUGGUACAAGGUCUUCAGCAGCUGUGUCGCUGCACACUCCUGGCAGCAUACGCGAGCUUCUGUGACCUUCACUGCACACAAAUGGCCAAAGUCCGGCACGAGGUCCUGUCCCAUUUGGCAGACGCAGAGGCUUGCCUGGCGGAAAAAGCAACCGUUUCCUGCUCACAACUGCGGACACUUCAGUUUGCAGAAGAGUUCGAGGACCUGGAGCUCUUCAUCAAGCUGGCUGCCAAUGCAGAUGUCAAGCGCCUUGACGAAAACAUGGCAGCUUCUGAGACUUUCCGCCCGCAUGCGUUCACGUACUGUCUUCAACAUCCACGUCUGCAUCCGCUCUUUUUCCGGCUGCUGCGCCUCUUCCCGCCUUCAAGCGAGACGCUGGAGGAGCUGCUGUCUCCAUAUCCUGAGCUUCGCUGGACUCUCGAGUUGAGUGGGCUUGCGGAGGCUUCGAGCAGCCGGUGGCCUCUAGCAGCGCACGCUGUGAAGCGGAUCGGUGAGAAAGCUGCAGCGAGUGAGAGGAUAGAUGCGACCAGGCGCAAGGUGAUGGAAGCCGUGGCCUCCAUAGCGUCUGCGGCAGCUCGGGCAGAGGACACGCCUGCCGCCCUUGCUUCCUUCAGACACUAUGCUCAAGCCCAGGCUUGCAGCUGA